GACAUCAUUGACUUGUGUUGUCCAACCUGAAGCCAUUAAUUUUUUUCUUUAUUGCAUUUGUUGAAAGGAUGAUAAUUGUCAGAGAGGAAAACGCUACGCAAUGGCCUCUCUAACAGGGCUGCAAUGCUGCAAACAAUAUAAGGAAGGAACUAACUUUAAAGAAACAAAUUUUCCUAAACUAAGUACCAGUGACUCAGUACUUUAAUGAUUUUUUUUUUCUCACACCUAGAGGAUCCUUGGACACUGAGCCUUGACAAUCAAAGGGAGUUUUCUGAUAGCCCUCCUGCCCCCACAGGGGGUGCUGGCACACCCCGCCCCGCCCCCCACAGCUUGCAGCUGAACCAACACCUCUUACACAUACCCUACACCCUCACCCCGGGGCUCUGCUCUUUCCUCUCCUCCGCUCCCUGUCGCCCUUGCCCCCCUCUUUUCUCCCGGUGACCCCUGACCCCAGCUAAUCUGCAUAGAGGAAUGACAGGCAUCCGCUGGGCCGGCUCGGCCGCUGCCAGGGCUGGGCGACCCGCGCGCGCGCGGGGAGAAGUUGAUGGACUAGACAAAGCCUCCAUAGCAAACUCAGAUGGCCCCCCAGCAGGUUCCCAGACACCUCCCUUCAAGAGAAAGGGGAAACUCUCCACCAUUGGUAAAAUCUUCAAGCCUUGGAAAUGGAGGAAAAAGAAGACCAGUGACAAAUUUAGAGAGACCUCAGCAGUAUUAGAGAGGAAGAUAUCUACCAGACAAAGUAGAGAGGAGCUGAUAAGAAGGGGCCUGCUUAAGGAAUUGCCUGAUCAAGAUGGAGAUGUAACAGUUAACUUUGAAAAUUCAAACGGGCACAUGAUACACAUCGGAGAGGAAGCUUCCCAAGAGGAGACUGUAGGGAAACCUGAAGAAGGGAAUGACUCUGUGUGUGAGAAAACACCACCUCUGGAGGAACAGGCAGAAGAGAAGACAGAGAACACUGAAAUCCACUCUGAAACACCGGCUGCUCCUGCUCUACCUCCUACAGCUCCUCCUAAACCUAAACUCAAACCUAAACCAAAAAAAUCUCCUGUACCUCCCAAAGGGGCCACAGCUGGGGCCAGCCACAAAGGGGAUGAAGUGCCUCCUAAUAGAAAAAAUGUCAAGGCUCCCAGUAAGCAGGCCCCCGUUCCUCCACCCAAGCCAACAAGCCGAAACACAUCCCGGGAGGCUGCUGCCUCCAGAGCUGGUUCUUCUCACCCAAAGAAAACAACCGGCUCCAAAGUGUCAGCUUCACCGUCUGCCUCCUCCACCUCUUCUCGUCCCAGAGCCCCCAAGGAGUCACUCGCUGGCAAAGCAGGCAUAGCCGGAACCACAAGGGGCAAGAAGAAAAUUAGCAAGCAGCUGGUGGCGUCCCGACUGUCCCCCAACACAACCACUUCUGACACGCCUAGUCUUAAAGGAGAGUUCUCAGACACUGGGGUAGAGAGCCUCAUGCCAGAGGAGACUGUUGUUGCUGGACCAGAGGAGCAGGCCACAGGCAAAUCCAAGGCGACCAUCACUCUGCUGCCUGGCACAGCACCGCCAUCCCCUCCUGCCCUCCCUCUGCCCCCUGAGGAUCAGUGCACUGUUGCCUUGGACACUCCCAUGGUCCUAGUCAGUGAUGGACCUACCCUCCCCAUCUCUGCAUUAGACACAAGUCAGCUCCUUUGGACUGAAGAACCAACGAACAGAACCACUCCGUACUCAAGCACUGGCUUAGGUGGGAGCAGAGAACAGGCAAAAUGUUUUACAACCAAAGAUGAGCUGGGAAAAGUUGGACCUCAGUUGCUGACCCCUGAGCAGAUGGGAGACUCGUCAGAAUCCUUCAGUGCCCAAGAGGAUGAGGUCCCAAGAGAAUACCAAGCCAAUGACUCUGACUCAGAUGGACCCAUCUUGUACACUGAUGAUGAUGAUGAAGAGGAUGAUGAUGAUGAUGACAGCAGUGGAGAAAGUGCAUUGGCAAGUAAGAUAAGACGAAGGGAUACACUUGCCAUCAAACUUGGCAACAGACCAUCCAAGAAAGAACUGGAGGAUAAAAACAUCCUGCAGCGAACAUCUGAAGAAGAGAGGCAGGAGCUGCGACAACAGAUCGGAACUAAGCUGGUCAGGAGACUCAGCCAGAGGCCAACAACGGAAGAAUUGGAACAAAGAAACAUCUUAAAACAAAAGAACGAAGAAGAGGAGCAAGAAGCGAAAAUGGAGCUCAAACGGAGGCUCAGCCGGAAGCUCAGCCUACGACCGACCGUGGCAGAGCUACAAGCCCGAAGGAUCCUGCGGUUUAAUGAGUAUGUAGAAGUGACAGAUUCCCCGGACUAUGACCGCCGAGCAGACAAACCCUGGGCCAGGUUGACACCUGCAGACAAGGCAGCAAUAAGGAAAGAACUAAAUGAAUUUAAAAGCACAGAAAUGGAAGUUCACGAAGAGAGUCGACAGUUUACAAGGUUUCAUCGUCCAUAAUGAAGCGUGGGACUGCUCAGAAAUAAAGAUGAAUUGUUCCUGGCAGAAGCCCUGCUCCCUGAGACCCUGACUUUGCACUGAGAUUUAAAUGUGUAUGUUUCCGUUUCGUUGUGGUGAAGGAGGUAUAUGAUUCGGCUUUGGUUGCAAAUACUCCUCACCUUGACAGCCCUGACAAAGCCAAGAAGCUGAGAGCCAGAUGCAGCAAGCCUGGCUGCCCACCGAGUACACUGAUGUAAGGGGCAGGCUGGUCCUCUCAGCUGACCUUCAGAGGGAAUGGUGAUCAAAGAAGGCAAGCAGAAGACAAUCGCCAGUUCAUCUACCAGAAAGCCAAACAUAAAAUAGCACACGUGGGUUCACAAACGAUAGACAUUGGAAUUGCUGGUGGUCACCCCAACAGGGUGAGAACUAAAACUAAGAAAGAAACUGUUUCAUUAUGUUAAUGAAGAGAAGAAGAAUGAAGAGAGGUAUAUUUUUGAAGUAGGCAUUUGGUAGCUGAGAACUUCCUAAGGGAUUUGGGAACCUACUCAAUCAACGUAGAUUCCUUAAAGACUUCAUUCUAGAACAUUCUUGUUUCACCAAUAAUGGUUCUAUGUAGUACCAUUUUUUUCAUGUUGUGCCAGUGAACCCAGUUGCCAGAAACAAAUAUGAGUGUUCAUUAAAUGCAAGACGCUUCUUCUAGCAGCCCUUACCAAGCAUGCUUGCUCGCACUGUGUUGCAUGCUUUUCAGUAGUACAGCUAUCCACACAUUUCCUUAUAUUGCUUUCCUAAUGUAUAAGCGCUCUACAAGGGUAACAGGAAUAAGGUCAGAUGUAAUGUGACCCUGGAAAACUGUUGCAAGCUUUAGAAAUAAAUCUUCUGCUCUCCCUGUCUUAAUUAUCUCCAAAGUCAGGAAACCAUUCUUUAGCUAAAGAAGAUGAUAUGGAUGGUCACGACACCCUUUAAACACUCCAUCCAGAGUUGCAACAUAAGCAGCAUCCAAGUGUCUGCUGCUUGCUCCAAGUUCUGAGAGGGAAUUUAAAAAACAUACCAGGUAGUUAAAAAUGCUGCAUUAAAAAGAUUUUUUUUAAAGUUAGAUUGCUGCUAUUUAAAAAAAUAAAUAAAACAACAAAAACCAAGCAUAUUUAACAAAAACACCCUAAGGAUCAAAGGAACACAGAAGACUCCUGUUUAUGUAAAGAAAAUCUUACCUUCUAUGAUGAAUGUGUGGAUCGUAUCCAUACACCCGGUAUUUAUUCCCCAUGCCAGAGAAACAGUAAGAUAGUUGGAGCCAGUUUCCCCCAGGAGCCUGUAAUCAGUCUUGUUUACAUUAAAAAGCUUUCCUCCCUCAAACUGUUCUUCUCUGUGGUGUCAGGCCCCAGCACAGAACCCCAGGGCUCACUUGUGAUACCACAUUGAAUUUCACUGUUCCUUAACAAUUGUUUUGGGCCCCUUGGAUUAAAAACAAACUUUGAAAAAAGAAGAAGAAUUAAGAAGGCAGAAUCUAUACCACGUCUAUCUCAUUCUUUGAUCUGGAACUGUGACAGUUCUGAAGCACUUCAGCUUUAGAAUGUGGAAGCCUGUAAUUUUCUAUUUCAACUGGAUAGUCAGCGUUUAAUCAGUUGAGUAAGUGUAGGUCCCGCCAUUCUGCGGUAUUUGGAGGGACCACUUGAAAUUUGAUGAUUUCAUUUAAAUGUGAAAGUGGUUAGCUGCAGUGGACUGUUGUGAAAGACCAGAAGGGCCAUGCCAAGAGGUAACCAGCAUUAUUGUAUCAGUAGCUGCGCUUAGCUGUUUGCAUUAAUAAAACAGGGCGCCGUCUAUACCAGCUCGUCUCGCUAAUGGCAUAAGACAGACUUUGCUUUUGAAAUAGUGUCUGUGAGUGCACCGGUAUUUGUCUGGGGCCUUGUUUGAUUAUGUGUUUUGCAGUGCUGGGAUUGAAUCAGGACCGUGUGCAUGCUCUGCCUACUAUAACCCCUGAGCUACACCCCUAGCCUUUGUUUCAUAGCAUCUCUACUCAACCAUAAAUAGUAACUUUGUUCUCAUGA